AUGUCGGAAUAUUUACAUCUCAUCAAAGAAUUGGCUUUCUUUCUCAUAGCCUUGAGAGUAGUAUCCUACAUCUUCAAGUAUCGUAAACGUGCUGUUGGAACCAGCGAGCGAAAAGACGUGUAUCACGAUCUACCUGGAUGGCCACUCAUCGGUCAACUACCAGAGGUAAUCUUGAAUAGACGAUGUAUCAUAGAGUGGGGUGCAAGAAUCACACGCGUCUAUGGCGCUGGGGCGGCCCUCACUCUUCCUGGAACAAGGCUUAUUCAGAUAAGUCGACCUGAAUGGAUUGAGUAUGUUCAGAAAACUAAUUUCAGCAACUAUGUCAAAGGAAACCUCUUCCAAGAUGUCAUGUCCCCUGUCUUUGGACAAGGAAUUUUUGUCACUGAUGGAGCGGCUUGGAAGGCUACCCGGCAGACCAAGACGAGGAUUUUCAACGCUCGAAAUUUCAAAACGAUUGUCACUCCUGCGAUGCAUGAAACGUUGCGCUCGUUCAAUGGCUUCUUGGAUCUCAAGGUCAGAGAGGGUGCAAUUGUGAAAAUGGACGAUGUGUUCCAUCGAUUCACCCUGGAAUCAUUUGUGAAAAUGAUGUUUGGACGUGAAAUUGGCGCACUUAGCGUUCUCAAGGCCGAGAACGAAGCAGAUCCAUUUGUCAAUGCGUUUGACUACGUUCAAAGGCAACUUGACAUUGGAAUGGUCCUUGGCGCCUUUUCUACUAAGCUCGCUAAAAUCUUGGCUAGGCUUCCUAAGAUGAAGGCGGCUCGUCAAAUCAUUGACAGUUACGCCUAUGACCUCAUUGAUGCUCGUUUGAACGCCGGUCCUCAAAUCGAAUCACCCGCAGAUUUACUUGGUCUCUUCAUGCAAUCCAAUGAUGAGAAAGGGUUUUCUUUAAGUCGAGAUGAAUUGAAGGACGCGGCUAUCAACUUCAUUAUUGCUGGAAGUUCUGCCACCUCUUACUCUUCAAGGGAUACUACUGCCCAAGCUCUUUCCUGGACUUUAUUCCAUCUCAUCCAACGGCCCGCACUCGUGGCUUCAAUGCGAGUAGAGAUCGAAGGAAUUUUACCUGAAGACGAUGCGUUGGUUGAUUAUGAAAAUUAUAAACAAUUCAUCAAUGUUCUCAGCGUCUUUUAUGAAGGUUUAAGACUUCACCCGAGCGUUCCCAAGGCAAAGACGCCUUUCUAUAGAAGUCUUGUAAAUCUCAGAUUUGCUGUAGAUCACGAUAAGCUACCGGAUGGUCCCAUUGUUCAACCAAAUGAUUACCUGUACUGGAGUGACUGGCAAAUGGCGCGUGAUCCAAGCAUAUGGGGUGACGAUUGCGCCGAAUUUAAGCCAUCGCGUUGGAUUGACGAGGCAGGCAAACUGAAACAAUACAGCCAAUGGAAAUUCCAUGCUUUCAAUGGUGGGCCAAGAAUAUGUUUGGGAAUGCAUCUGGCUACAUUAGAAGCAGUGGCUGUGAUCGUUGAGAUUGUGCGACGCUAUGACAUGGCAUUUGCCCCAGGAUGGCUGGCUAGUGUACCAAAGAUUGCCAAGAUCACUCAAGAAUCGACCGAAGAAACACCGAGAUAUGGCUCGUCUCUGACUUUACCAAUGGCACAACCCAUGCAAGUGAUCCUGACCCGAAGAAAGGUUUCAUGA